CAUCCAUUCGAUCAUCAGAAUCAGCAAGGCAAUUCCGAAAGAUCUCGGUAGAAAAAGAUUGGAUAAUUGUGCUCUUUUGAUCUGUUUACUGAAGCAGGUCUCUUAAGCUAAUCUGACGCUUGCUGUGUUCCAACCAGUCUGGUCAUUCCACCAAGACUGCAACACAAAGAAGAUCGAUUAGACUUGCCGAAGAUUAUCACGUCUUGCUCUUUCUUCAAAUCAAGCUUCCCUCUCCCACUUCAGCAUUAGAAACAAGAGAGCAUAUCGUCACGAUUUAGCAGAGAUGGCUCCCCCAAGACGUGCUGCAGCCGUUUCAGCUGCGUCAAAUCUAGCUGCUUCUGCUCCCAGUAACAGAAGUGCUUCUCAAAGCACGCCCAAAGGCAGCAACAGCAAAGAGAAUGGAAAGCAGUCUCAAAAAGAUGCAGCCUCUACCGUACCAGUCGCAUCAUCUUCAAAACCGCCAGCGCCAGUCAUUCCACUCAGCCCGAUCAUUGCAAGACUACGGACGAUGUGGAAGUUUGCUGCCAUCUGCCAAUUCUUGUUCACCUUUGAUGAGGCUUUCGGAUUCAGCGGUUUCGAAUCAGAUGCUCUUGAAAACGAUCUGAAUGGAACUGAAAUGCAAGUCAUUCCAGACUUAUUCCGAAGACUGCUGUAUACACUUACGCUCAAUCGGAAUAUCAGCGAUGAAAACUGGGAAGAACAUCUGCGGAAACAAUACAUCAAUCGUGAUCCUGAUGCUCCCCUACUAGGAACAAUAGAAGAACCCCAAUCAUGGCAUGCGCUACCCUUACAGCAAAAAGUUGAUUCAAUACAUACAUUGUGCGAAUGGCAACUAUGGGAUGCUGAAAAGUUCCGAAAGCUUGUCAAGAACGAAGAAGAUGCAGAAGUUUGGAGGAUAGAUCCGAUCGGUUGGGAUGCAGAAGAUAAUACGUAUUGGUUAUUCGAUGAUAAUCGGUUAUGGAUCCAACAUCCUCCUCCGGCCCCACCUGCAGCACCUAAAGCAAAAGCACCACCGAAAAAGUCAUCAAAGAAAGCAAAAGCAGAAGCUCGUAGGGAGGCACAAAAGAGAAAGAGAGAAGCCGAAGCCAAUGCUUCUACUUCAAAUAUUGGGACGCCAGCAAAGAGUGCUCGCUCAACACCUGCAAAGCCAUCAGCUCGUCUACCACGCACACCUCCAACCAGAUCGUCACCCAGGAGUAGGUUAGCCAAUGGUGAAUCAGCUCCAAAGCAAUCGAGGUCGACAAGAAGCAGUAGACGCACAGGAGAAUGGGAAGAAAUUCCAGCUGAGCUUUUGUAUGAUGGAGAUUCUGACCUUUCUGAUCCACCAGAAGAUGAUACUACAGCCGUGGAAGUUGACACGACUGCUGACGUGAGCAUGAAAGAUGAAGGAGAUGAGAGCGAGGCGAUCAAAGAGGAAGAUCUAAUAGAAGGAGAAGGAGAGACAACAGAAGCAGAAGAGGAAGAUCCCGCUGUAAAGGACGAAGAUUCCACUCAUGCUCUAAACGGAAUUUUGAAGGAAGAAGAGAAUGACAAGACUGGUGAGGCAGAUGUGAAAGAAGAAUCUGUGCAGCCUGAAGUAAAAGAAGAGGAGAAACCUGAAUGGAUUGAAUUUGAGGCUUUGGUCGUUACACGUCAGGAAUGGGAAUGGAUGUCAACUCGGUUCGCCAAAUCGAGGCAUCCCGAUGAAAAGGCACUGCACCAAUUACUCAAAGAUACUGUUCUACCAAAAGUGAUGGCCGAUAUGGACGAAGCUGAUAAGCAAAGGGCUCAUGAACUUGCAAUGGCAAAUCGCAAGAGAAGUAGUCGUAUCGCACUGAAAGAAAGCGAACGUGAGGAGAAGGAACGUGAUAGAAUUGCACGUCAAAAGAUGGAGGAUAAGAUGGCUGCCAUUCGAGCUGAAGAGGAUGAGAAAGUUCGUAAGGAGCAAGAAGAGAUUGUUUUGGCACGUACACGUGAAGAAAGGUUACGAGAACGUGAGGAGAGAUUGCUGGCUCGAGAAAGGGAAGCAGAAGAGAGAGUGCAACGAGAAAUUGAUGAAAGAGAAGAACGAGAAAGGUUACGUGAGAUGCGCAAAUUGAAGCGCGAACAAAUUAUCGCAAAUGGAGGUCAACCUCCUGAUGACGAUCAAUUGCUGGAUGCUCAAGGUGCAGGUCAGGAUGACGAUAGCUGGGAAUUGGAUUGUGAAAUAUGCGGCAAAAGUGGAAUCAAUUUGGACGAUACAGAGGAAAUUGUCUGUUGCGAGCAAUGUGGUAUAUGGCAACAUACACAUUGUUGGAACGCAUUCGAUCGUAAAGUAGGUAGGAGCAAACGUGAUUGGGAAAAUGAAGAUUUCUAUUGUUCCAAAUGUCGACCUCCUGCUCCUGGUCAACCCCGUCCUCAAGGACCUACAUUCCAGUCAAUCCCUCAACAAAAUGCUUCUACACAAUCCAGUAAAGCCAACACGCCUGUCGUGCCUUCACAAAGGAGUCCAGUUCAGGAGACAUUCUCAUAUCCUUCCGCAGCUGCUUACAGUGCUGAACGUAGUGAUAGGCAACAGAACUCUUUUCCAAAUUACACGACGUUGUAUGGCAAUUAUCAAAAUAAUAUGCAACAACCUCCUUAUGGCUAUCAAGCCCCUCAGCAGCAGCAGCAGCAGCCUCAUUACCCUUACCCUUCACCUUCACACCCUACGAACGUGCCUCAGCCUGUACGACCGCCUUUCAGUCAAUCUCCUCCUACGUCUGCAGAUCAAGCAGCAAGGAACGUUGCAGGAGGUGCACCUUCACAAGUAUCAAACCCAGUGCACCAAGCACGUCCAUCACAACCUGUUCCACCUUAUCAGCCGCCAAUGCAGACAUUACAAGGAUCACAGCAGAUGGCUUCGAGGCCUCUACCUAUGCAAGCACCUCCAAGCAAUGCAAUGAGUGCUCCAAAAGUUCCUCAAUCGAUUGCUGGUGGUGGGCAAAAUGUUCCAGCAGCUUCUCCUCGACCUCCCCAAAACCCUGUCGGACAAAAUAUUCAGCAUGCCGGCGCACCUUCGCGAGCAUCUCCGACCGGUAGUCAGACUAAUGGAGCAUCUGCACCACCACCACCCCAACACUCUCCUGGAGCAGGAAAGCCUAAUGGCUCACCAUCUUAUGGUGGUCAGAAUGCUCCUCAAGGCUAUCCUGCUCGAUCGCCUGGAUCGAUGAAUGGCAAUCAGCCUUUACCACGCAAUAUCUCAAAUCAACCAAGUGGUUCAUUCCCAAUGCGUCAUACGCCUGCUCGUUCGCCUCUCUCGGGACCUCAUCGCGAGUCACCUUUGUCGAUGCCAAGUAUGUCGAUUGGUCCACCUGUGAGAUCUGUCAGCCCUUCUCCUGCUACUGGAUUGAAUCGACAAACACAACAAACAGCACAAGGUACGCCUCUCACAGCCGGUCGACCACCACAACUGAGUCACGAAUUGUUGCAUAGUAGACAACCAUCAACUGGUUCGGCAACAAGUGCAAGUUCAUCUGCACAAACGCCAGAUUCUGCCGGUGCAAAAGCAUUGUCUGCUACUUCAAGCCAAGGUCCAGGUCCAAUAAGCGGAUCGUUAGCACGUCCCUCGUCAAUGCAAUCGCCAAAUCGACCUCCAGCAAAUUUGCCAAGUGUGCCGGCAGCACCUCCGGUGGAGAAGAUCAAUGCAACACCUGUUCAAAACGUGCCAGCAUCAUCGGCAAGCACUGGGACACAACCAAUCCAGCAUGCAAAUGGAAUGUCGGAUCAGACCUUGAACAAAAGUCUUCCUUCCGCUCCAAUCCCCGUCUCUGAUCGGCCACAAGAAGCACAGAACGCUCCCCAAGCUGUAUCAAACACAGCAGCUCCAUUGACAACUUCAACAUCCAAUCCAGCUCCACAACAAUAAGCAAAGUCCUCAUAAAACGGUAAAUUAUAAAUAUUUAGUACAAUACUCAGCAAUUUCACCUGUGUACAAUUCAAUGCAAAGCUUUUUCGAUUACAUUUUGUUCUUUUUUAUUUCC